AUGUGCUGGAAUGCUAGAGGUGCAGUUUGCACCAAAUUUAAAAACACUGUCAUGAACUUAAUUCACAACCAUCACGUGGAUUUGCUCUUCAUUUGUGAACCCCGUAUAAGUGGCACUAAGGCUGCAUCUGUAGUGAAGUCCUUAGGUUUCUCCUGCUCUGAAGUUGUUGAUGCUGUUGGCUUCUCUGGAGGUUUAUGGUUAUUGUGGAAUGAAAAUAAAUUCAAAGUUGACAUUAUUGGGACCCAUGAGCAGGCUAUUUCGGCUUGUAUCACCUGGCCUGGGCAGACUCCUUGGGUUUUCACAGCAGUGUAUGCCAAGCCCUGCAGUAUAAAAAGGGCAACUCUAUGGGAGUAUUUAUCCUUUGUUGCUGAUUGCCACAACAUGCCUUGGUUGUUGGCAGGAGACUUUAACGAGAUGCUUCAGCUUGAGGUCAAACUUGGUGGGGGCCCCCUGCGCAGAAUAAAAGGGUUUAAAAGUUGGUUUGAUGCAAAUGAUUUGAUUGAUUUAGGCUUCACGGGCCAAAAAUUUACUUGGAGCAAUAACAGAGUGUUUGAGAGACUGGACAGGGCUAUCUGUAAUAUGAGCUGGAUGGGUGCUUUUCUUGAGGCUAAUGUUAUCCAUCUUCCUAGGACUAAGUCAGACCAUUGUCCCAUCAAAAUCAACCUUCAAUCUUGCUUUUUGCCCUCCCCUAGGCUUAGGCCCUUUCGGUUUUAG